AUUAUUAAUUGCAAUAUCAAUUGGUCUUUUAUAAUGCCGUGUAUACGUGACUUGAGCCACGGGAUUUUGUUUUUAAUUCACAAAAAGCGUGCAAGCGUGAUAUAAUUUAUUAUUACCUUGGUAAAAGCGUGCGAUAUGCUUUUUAUAAAAAUAAACCUGUAACACUAACCUCAUGGCAGUCGACAGACCCAAGCCCUAUAGAAAGCAAACCCCGCCAGGACAUGUUUUCUUUUUAUAAACCAAGGUGUAACAACCAUAUUGUUUUUUUGAGGCAGUGAACCACAGUAAUGAUUACCUGAUUUGUGUGGCAAUCCUCGAGUAUAAGAGGAUUUGAUUCCUGACUUUCUUUCUCUCUUUAUUUCUUCUUUUUUAUACAUAAAAAGUAAAUUAUACAAAAUGGUUUCCGUAAAGACAUUCAUUGCUACUUCUGCUGCUCUUAUUGCUGCUUUCGUGAAUGUCGAAGCUGCUGUGGCCCCUACCUAUCCUUCACCCGGAACCAUUCAAGUUCAAGGUCAAAGCUACGACAUCACUUGGACCUUUGAUGGAAAGAAUGCUAGCGAAACAUACCAAAUUGAUUUCAUGACUGGAAGCAACCUCGAACAGAAAAAGUUGGCCACUGUUGCUACUGGUGUUCCUGCUAACCUCUUAAAGUACCCAUUCGUUGCUCCUCAAGUUUCACCAAACUCUGCAGUCUAUUUCUUCAUGUUUACAGGCUCUCAAGGAGAUCAAGCAUGGACAACUCGUUUCGGUAUUGUCGCUGCUAAUGGCGACAAAUUGACACCAGAACCUCAACAGACUCAGCCUACUGGUGAAAAGAUCCCUUGGGGCGAUGGUAAGCUUCUUACUGCUAUUAGCGGAAACAACUCUUCUGCCAGUUCCGCCCCCGCUGCUGCUGCUUCAUCCAGUGCUCCAGUUGUUGCUGCUGCUGCUGCUUCAUCAGCCGCUCCUUCUUCUUCCGCUCCUAUUGUUGUUGCUGCCGCCGCUACAUCUAGCACUCCUGCAUCUGUCCCAUCUGCUGUCACUAGCACUGCUCCUUCUUCCGUUGCUCAAAAGUCCACCUCUGCUGGUUCCAUGGUCAAGCCUGCUCUCUCUUUGAUCGCUGUUGGUGCCGCUGGUUACAUGUUAAUUUAAUUUAUAUUAUUUCUAAAAAAAGAUAUAACUUUUUACUUAAAAAGAAUCUUUAGUUUUUUGUGUAUAUUAGGUUGUAAUAGUAUUCAGUUGAAUGAAUAAUAAUAAAAAAAAUGCACAUUUCAAUUUACCAUCUACUCACUUGUCU